GAGAGAGAGAGAGGAGGAGGAGAGAGAUGAGUAGGUAGGGCAUUUUGAAAGCACUGAGCGUAUGGAUGGUGAGAGAAGAUAGUGGAAAAGAACAGGAAAGAAGAGAUGAGCAGUGUUUAAAGAAGAUGCACGGCACUACACCCUACAACAUCUGACUUCACUGCCCACUUGACAAGCAAAGGAGAGAGGACGGCACGGCCGGUAGGCUCAUCCAUCCACACAGCAUGUCAUCUGUGACCUGUCCUGGCAUGGCUCUACUCAAACUGGGAAAUAUAUGGGCUUCCAGGUCACUUACUCAUACGGCUGCACUGCGAGGUAAAAAGCUUCAGGUUUCUGCUCUGUGGCACAGACACAACUGCAGCAUCUGCAGGUUGAGAAACUACUGAGAAUGGAGCUCCUGUUCUGGUUCCCACACAAGCAUUGCGAAUAAAAGAAGGUAAAAAUAUACCACGCAGUGCACAGUCGGCCAACAUCUACCGGCCUGGCGACCGCCUUCCCUCUGGAAACCUGUGACCUUGUUGAGAUUACUGUGCACUUCGGUCUACCUGCCUGAUCUCCUGGAGCUGUACUGUGGUCGCAGCAGGUGGGAGUGCGAAUUACUCGGGUGGAAUACAACAAUAUUAAGAAAGGUUCGAUGGCAGCUGCUGACGACAAGAGAAUGUCGCACUUGACCUGUCAUGCUAAGGGAAAUACAUUUCUGCUUGUUUGUCACGUCUUGGAAUACAUGGUGAAAAGUGCGGACACUUGCGAGGAUGGGACGUGCCGCUGUCCCUGACUGAUUUUUUGCGAGAUCCAACACAAAGGACAAAAGGCUAAAUACAAGCUUGAAUACAACACAGCUUUCAUGUCAGGACCACGUGGAUGUUACAAUGCACAAACCCUUCCCACGCUCUGAAAAGGAAGAGUAGAGAGCGUUUCCAUCUCCCACAACCUCCCACAGAAAUCUGAGGAUGCGAGGCUAUGAGUUAUGAGCUGUUUGGACGGUGUUUAAUCAACCCUACGGAGAGGUGAAACUGGGGUAUACUUGCUUACGGGACUGUACCAUGCCGGGGUUGAGGAGAGUGGAGGUCUUAGCCAAUGCAAUUGUUCACUCUUAGGUCAUUUCAAUUUUGAUAAGUAAAUAAACUAAUGAGAAAAAACAACUACGGAGUAAAUACAUAAUAGAAUGAGCACCAAGGGGUAAAGGACACUGGUGAGAUAAAAAGGUGUUGGAAUAUGGUUGGUGCGUGUAAAAUCCUGCCAACACAACAGCGAUUCGGUCGCAGUUGCUAAAGGAGCUCCAAACGACGACGGUGAAUACAAGGGAGGGGAGAAUGCAUACCCCUCCUGUGCUGGGAUUCCAGGCCAUCAUGAGCAACGUCACUGUCCUCGAUAACGUAGAACCCUUUGACUCCGACAUGGACCUGGAAUCACCUUACCCUGUCAGUUUCCAGGUGUCUUUGACAGGUUUCCUCAUGUUGGAGAUUGUGUUGGGUCUCAGCAGUAACCUGACCGUGUUGGCACUCUAUUGCAUGAAGUCCAACCUGGUGAGCUCCGUCAGCAACAUCGUAACCAUGAACCUGCACGUGUUGGACGUGCUGGUGUGUGUGGGCUGCAUACCGCUGACGAUCGUUGUGGUGCUGUUGCCGCAGGAAGGCAACAAUGCACUUAUCUGCUGCUUCCACGAGGCCUGUGUGUCCUUUGCUAGCGUGGCCACCGCUGCCAACGUCCUGGCCAUCACUCUAGAUCGCUAUGACAUCUCAGUACGGCCCGCAAAUCGAGUACUCACGAUGGGGCGAGCGGUUGCCAUGCUUGGGUCUAUUUGGGCUUUAUCGUUCCUAAGCUUUCUGGUGCCCUUCAUAGAGGAGGGUUUCUUUAGCCAGACAGGUACCGACAGGAACCAGACAGAGGGCGAAGAACCUUUAAACCAAUACUACACUGAACUGGGCCUCUACUAUCACCUGCUGGCACAGAUUCCAAUCUUCUUCUUCACUGCCGUGGUCAUGCUGGUGACCUACUAUAAGAUUCUGCAGGCGCUGAACAUCCGCAUCGGUACUCGUUUCCAUGCGGCUCCUAAAAAAAAGCCUAGAAAGAAAAAGACCAUCUCCAUGACUUCCACUCAGCCAGAGUCCACCGACGCCUCACAGAGCAGCGCAGGCCGCAAUCCACCACUGGCCAUGCGUACCUCCGUGUCGGUGAUCAUCGCCCUCCGACGGGCGGUUAAGCGGCACAGGGAACGCCGCGAACGACAAAAGAGGGUCUUCCGCAUGUCUCUUCUCAUCAUCUCCACCUUCCUGCUUUGCUGGACACCCAUCACUGUGCUUAACACGGUCAUCCUGAGCGCAGGGCCAAGCAAUUUCACUGCACGCCUCAGGCUUGGCUUUCUGGUCAUGGCUUACGGAACCACAAUUUUUCACCCGCUGCUUUACGCCUUCACCCGACAGAAAUUUCAGAAGGUUCUCAAGAGCAAAAUGAAGAAGCGUGUCGUGUCAGUAGUAGAGGCCGACCCUAUGCCCAAUAAUGUGGUCAUCCACAACUCAUGGAUUGACCCAAAAAGGAACAAAAAGGUGACGUUUGAGGAGACAGAAGUCAGGCAAAAAUGCCUCUCGUCAGAGGAUGUGGAAUGAACUGCUUUGGCCGACGUACGGCGAAUGUCCUCAUCAGGUACAAAAUCAUUAAAAAGGGAAACCACUAAUCCAAAGCAGUAAUGAAUUUAAGUGUAUUAAUUGUACAGUAUGUCAAGAUAAAUAAUUUAUUACCAUUUAUUGUGACGUUGAAUCGGUGUUGUAGAUGGUAAGUUGUACAUACUGCAUGUGUUUUGUUGAAGUAGACUUGUAAAUACAUCUCGGAGUAAAGUAUAAACCUCAAAUGUACAGAACUAGAAACCGAUAUUCCUGGUUUUGUUCGUUUCUAUUAAAUACCCUUGAAAUGACUGAAGAGCUCUUUUAUGGUCAAAAUGACCCCGGCACAAUUGCUUAAUGAUAUUGCUUGGCCAAUUUCCAGCUGUGAGCACCAUUUCUUACUUACACAGGUUAUGUCUUUGUUCAUCGUGGAGUUUGUCACCUCACCUUUUACUGACAAAAACAUAAGGUCAAUGCAAUGUUUAAAAUUCAAGUGUGACCUAUUAGUUUGAUAUCUACUAUCUGCCCUUUAUCCUGUAUCUGAAGGUACAGAAUAGCUACAUUACUACUCAGGUCAACAAAUCACAAGGCAGAGUUGAUGAAAUCAGAUCUGGUUCCCAUCAACAUCACACUCACGGGCACUUGCCAAAAUAAUCAUAUCUUUUAAACGGGAUGAGGGGCAUGGUACAUGUGGUCCAAUAACGCAGCUGGGGUCUGAAGUGGUUGGGGACUGCAAAUGAGAAGGUGCUGACUCGAAAUACUUGACCUUAUGAGACUCAAUGAGCUAGUAGUGUUGAUUAUAUAGGAAGAUAACUGUACCAUGUGGCAAGCUACAAAAAAAUAAAUCAGCCCUUGCACUGCAACAAUGGUAGGUCACACACCGAUCAAAGACUAAAAGAAUAGAAAGUUCUGAGAAAAGCUUUGAUUUCCGAGUUGGUUGGUAAAAUUUGCUCAGAUUCAGGAUGGUAAAAUGGUUGGUAAAAUUCAGCAACAGAUGACAGCUUUUCAAUUCAGUUACAUGAUAUCUCUCAUUUAAAGGGUUUUAAUCACUUACUUUUGAUCUUGGUAUGUUGCCAAAACCGAUUUAAAGCAUCCAAGGUCAGUAAAUGUUGAUCAAAUUUAUUCAAAACACAGCGUGAUGGGAAGUCUUUAAACUUAAUUGAAAACUCAUCUGAUUCAAUGAGCAAGCGAAUUAUGAAAUAUUUUCUAGUGUUUAUCUACAGAUAACGGGCAAGAAAGCCAUCUUUGUCGAUCUAUAAUGAGAACACACUAUGCCGAACAAGAGCCAGUCAGAGUUUUAAAGUGAUAAGCAUCUUUUAUCAAAUCACAGGUUUUUCACAAUGACAAGCUACUCUGGUAAAAACCACACAGAGACAAAUUUGCCCAAAACACCAUGCACACCCAAGAUGUAAUGUAAAAUGUAUGUAUACGAUGUUAGCUACACGUCUCCUUAGAUCUUGCCUGACUGCCAAACCUCUCUGCACCGUUGUCUUUAGAAAACCAAAACAUUUUAUUUUCAACAAGGUAUUGGUUCAGCCACUAGCCAGGCCGGUAAACAAAUACAAAACGGAAGUACACUUCGGUUCAGGCACGUAACCGCGACAACGCGAGGGAGUCUGAUGAAACCGCCUAUAGAGCACCUCGCAAACAACUCAUGUGGCAAACCAUAAAGUGCUGCAAGGCGACGGUAUCCUCGUACGUAACGGAUCACACAGCUGUUCAUGAGAUGACCGGGUGAUACAAAGUUGCUUUAUUGUUUUUGCUGUAAACAAGCUGUGCAGAUUCUCUUGCAAAAAACCUGAUUGCAAGAAGUACACAAUUGUAAAGUUUCUGCUUACAGGUGUAUGAAAGCAUACAAAGUUUGUGUGGGCACAAAUGCAGCACAGUGAAUAUUAUUUAAAACACUAAUAUUAAAUAAAAAGUGAAUAAGAUUCAUGAACUAUAUGUAUAGCACAAUAGUUAUUAAUUUGUAGGACUUUAUACAGUCUUAAUCCUCUUACAGAAGAUUUUCAAACCUUGAGCAGACCUCAGGAGACUAAUGUACCCUCAUAUACACCGCCUGUAAUUAACACCGUAUUAGACCACCUACAGGAUUUUAUCACCUCUGUGUUUAAUCGCUGGUUAAUUUGAGACUUCUUACCUCUCCACUGUCUGAAUUCAAUGACCUCAUCCAUCUCUCUUAUCGCUCAGGUUUCUUUCUUCUCUUGACAUCCACAUGUCACUCAUAUGGUCCCAGAGGAACGUGCCACAGAAAGCUAACUUCUAUGAUUGACAGUUCUUCUCCAUUUGACAGACAGGUGCGGGUCAAGUGAUGCAGCAAACAGGGUAUAAACCACUGCAUGUUCGGUUUAAUUUAAAGUCGACUAAUCUGAAAUAGGGUGUCAUAAUAUACCGGUAUUGACAAUAACAGCGGUUAUCAGAGAUGAUCGAAAUUCAUUGGCCAAAAAAACCCCAAAUCAAACAAUGUACUGCCCCCACAUUAAAUUAAUUACAAUGUUCUCACAACGUAAUAACAAAGUUGUCACUCCUGAGUUAGCACCGUUAGCACCAAACGUUCAACAAAAUGGCUGGUUUUCAUAGCGGGUACUGCAAAAAUGCCAGUAAAACUGACUAUUAUCAUCUUAAAUUGAAUUUAGUUGGACUUGAUAGGAGAGGUGGACAAUACUUAGUUACAUUAGUUACAUUUUCCAAGCAUCUGUGCUUUAUUAGGAUGUUUGUAUUGGGAAAAAUAUUACUUCACUACAUUCUAAAGCAUAUUAAAAUUUAUUUAAUACGUAA